GAGUAAACCGCCACCAUGAGUACUGACGCGGAGAUGGCCAUUUAUGGUAAAGCUGCCAUUUACCUUCGUAAGCCAGAAAGGGAGAGAAUUGAGGCUCAAAGUGCCCCAUUUGAUGCCAAGAGUGCCUGCUACGUGACCGAUGUCAAGGAGCUGUACUUGAAGGCAAAAAUCCUCAAGAAAGAUGGCGGCAAAGUCACCGUUGAAGUCCUGGACACUAAGGAGGAGAAGACAGUGAAAGAAAGUGACGUCUAUCCAAUGAACCCUCCCAAGUAUGACAAGAUUGAGGACAUGGCCAUGAUGACCCAUCUCAAUGAAGCCUCUGUGCUGUAUAACCUCAAAGAGCGUUAUGCAGCAUGGAUGAUCUACACCUACUCUGGGUUGUUCUGUGCCACUGUGAACCCCUACAAGUGGCUCCCAGUGUACGAUGCUGAAUGCGUAAGUGCCUACAGAGGCAAGAAGCGUAUGGAGGCUCCACCCCACAUCUUCUCUGUCUCUGACAACGCUUUUCAGUUCAUGCUUACUGACAGGGAGAACCAGUCUAUCUUGAUCACUGGAGAAUCUGGUGCUGGAAAGACUGUGAACACCAAGCGUGUCAUCCAGUACUUUGCAACAAUCUCAGUUGGUGGACCGAAGAGGGACGAAUCAAAGGGGUCACUGGAGGAUCAGAUUAUUGCAGCCAAUCCCCUGCUGGAGGCCUAUGGUAAUGCCAAAACUAUUAGGAAUGACAACUCUUCUCGUUUUGGUAAAUUCAUCAGAAUCCAUUUUGGCACAACUGGCAAACUGGCUAGUGCUGAUAUUGAGACAUAUCUGCUGGAGAAGUCAAGAGUGACAUACCAGCUUUCUGAUGAAAGAGGCUACCACAUCUUCUUCCAGAUGAUGACCGGCCACAUCCCUGCUAUACUUGAAAUGGCCCUCAUCACAACCAACCCCUACGACUUCCCCAUGUGUAGCAUGGGUCAGAUCACUGUGGCCAGCAUUGAUGACAAAGUUGAGCUGGAAGCCACUGAUAAUGCCAUUGAUAUCCUGGGCUUCACUGGGGAAGAGAAGAUGAGCAUCUAUAGGAUGACUGGUGCUGUCAUCCACCAUGGAAACUUGAAGUUCAAGCAGAAGCAGCGUGAGGAGCAGGCUGAGCCUGAUGGCACAGAGGAGGCUGACAAGGUUGCUUACUUGCUGGGUCUGAAUUCCGCUGACAUGCUCAAGGCUCUGUGCUAUCCCAGAGUGAAGGUUGGAAAUGAGUAUGUCACCAAGGGACAGACUGUACCUCAGGUGAUGAACGCUGUGCCUGCCUUGGCCAAGUCGAUCUAUGAGAGGAUGUUCUUGUGGAUGGUCGUCCGUAUCAACCAAAGUUUGGAAACUAAACAAGCAAGACAGUUCUACAUUGGUGUCCUGGAUAUUGCUGGCUUUGAAAUCUUUGACUUCAACACCUUGGAACAGCUGUGCAUCAACUUCACCAAUGAGAAACUGCAACAGUUCUUCAACCACACUAUGUUUGUCCUGGAGCAAGAGGAGUACAAGAAGGAGGGUAUUGUCUGGGAUUUCAUUGACUUUGGCAUGGACUUGGCUGCUUGCAUUGAGCUCAUUGAAAAGCCCAUGGGAAUCUUCUCCAUCCUUGAAGAGGAGUGCAUGUUCCCCAAGGCCACAGACAUAUCCUUCAAGAACAAGCUGUAUGACCAGCAUCUUGGCAAAACCAAAGCAUUUGAAAAGCCUAAGCCUGCAAAGGGCAAGAUUGAGGCCCACUUCUCCCUGGUGCACUAUGCUGGUACCGUGGACUACAAUAUCACUGGCUGGCUGGACAAGAACAAGGAUCCCCUGAAUGAGUCUGUCAUUCAGCUGUACCAGAAGUCCCCAGUGAAACUGCUGUCUGUUCUGUAUCCUCCCGUCGUUGAGGAAACUGGUGGUGCAAAGAAGGGUGGCAAGAAGAAGGGUGGUUCCAUGCAGACUGUGUCUUCACAGUUUAGGGAGAACUUGGGCAAGCUGAUGACUAACUUGAGGAGCACCCAUCCUCACUUUGUGCGCUGCCUGAUUCCCAAUGAGUCAAAGACUCCAGGUCUGAUGGAGAACUUCCUGGUCAUCCACCAGCUCAGGUGUAACGGUGUGCUGGAGGGUAUCAGAAUCUGCAGGAAAGGUUUCCCCAGCAGAAUUCUCUAUGCUGACUUCAAGCAGAGGUACAAGGUGCUGAAUGCCAGUGUCAUCCCCGAGGGCCACUUCAUUGACAACAAGAAGGCUUCAGAGAAGCUGCUUGGGUCAAUUGAUGUUAAUCAUGAUGAGUACAAAUUUGGACACACCAAGGUUUUCUUCAAGGCCGGUCUGCUGGGUGUCCUAGAGGAGAUGAGAGAUGAAAAACUGGCAAAUCUGGUCACCAUGACUCAGGCUUUGUGCCGUGGUUUUCUCAGCAGAACAGAGUUUGUGAAGAUGGUAGAGAGGAGGGAUGCUGUAUUUACCAUCCAGUACAAUGUCCGCUCAUUCAUGAAUGUCAAACACUGGCCAUGGAUGAAGGUGUACUACAAGAUCAAGCCUCUGCUGAAGAGUGCUGAAACUGAGAAGGAGCUGGCAUCUAUGAAGGAGAACUUUGAUAAGAUGAAAACUGACUUGGCUACUGCCCUGUCCAAGAAGAAGGAACUGGAGGAGAAGAUGGUGUCCCUUCUGCAGGAGAAGAAUGAUCUACAGCUGCAAGUAGCAUCUGAAUCAGAGAAUCUGAAUGAUGCUGAAGAGCGAUGUGAGGGACUUAUCAAGAGUAAGAUUCAGCAGGAGGCCAAACUCAAAGAGACAACCGAGAGACUGGAGGAUGAAGAGGAAAUGAACGCUGAGCUCACUGCCAAGAAGAGAAAGCUGGAGGAUGAAUGCUCUGAGCUCAAGAAGGAUAUUGAUGACCUGGAACUUACCUUGGCCAAAGUGGAAAAAGAGAAACAUGCCACAGAGAACAAGGUUAAGAACCUGACUGAGGAGAUGGCCUCCCAAGAUGAGAGCAUUGCUAAGCUGACCAAGGAAAAGAAAGCCCUUCAGGAGGCUCAUCAGCAGACUCUUGAUGACCUGCAGGCAGAGGAAGACAAAGUCAACACUCUGACCAAGGCCAAGACCAAGCUUGAGCAGCAAGUGGAUGAUCUUGAGGGUUCUCUGGAGCAAGAGAAGAAGCUCCGUAUGGACCUUGAGAGGGCCAAGAGAAAGCUUGAGGGUGAUCUGAAACUGGCACAGGAAUCCAUCAUGGAUCUUGAGAAUGACAAGCAGCAGUCUGAUGAGAAGAUCAAAAAGAAGGAUUUCGAAAUCAGUCAGUUUCUUAGCAAGAUUGAAGAUGAGCAGUCACUGGGUGCUCAGCUGCAGAAGAAGAUCAAGGAGCUCCAGGCUCGUAUUGAGGAACUGGAGGAGGAGAUCGAGGCUGAGCGUGCUGCUCGUGCCAAGGUAGAGAAGCAGAGAGCUGACCUCUCCAGGGAACUUGAAGAGAUCAGUGAGAGGCUGGAGGAGGCCGGUGGUGCCACUGCUGCUCAGAUUGAGAUGAACAAGAAGCGUGAAGCUGAGUUCCAGAAGCUCAGACGUGAUCUUGAGGAGUCCACUCUGCAGCAUGAAGCCACCGCUGCUGCUCUUCGCAAGAAGCAGGCUGACAGCGUUGCUGAGCUAGGAGAGCAGAUCGACAACCUCCAGCGUGUAAAGCAGAAGCUUGAGAAGGAAAAGAGUGAAUACAAGAUGGAGAUUGAUGACCUCUCCAGCAACAUGGAGUCUGUUGCUAAAGCAAAGGGAAAUCUUGAAAAGAUGUGCCGUACUCUAGAGGACCAACUUAGCGAACUGAAGACCAAGAAUGAUGAAAACGUCGUGGCUCAGUGGAGAACUAAGUACGAAACUGAUGCUAUCCAGCGCACUGAGGAGCUUGAGGAAUCCAAGAAAAAGCUGGCUCAGCGUCUUCAGGAGGCUGAGGAGCAGAUCGAGGCAGUGAAUUCCAAGUGUGCUUCUCUUGAGAAAACCAAACAGAGGCUCCAGAGUGAGGUGGAGGACCUCAUGAUUGAUGUGGAGAGGGCCAAUGGGCUGGCUGCCAACCUGGACAAGAAGCAGAGGAACUUUGACAAGGUGUUGGCAGAGUGGAAACAGAAGUACGAGGAGGGUCAGUCAGAGCUUGAGGGAGCACAGAAGGAGACUCGUUCUCUCAGCACUGAGCUGUUCAAGAUGAAGAACUCUUAUGAGGAAUCUCUGGAUCAGCUGGAGACCAUGAAGCGGGAAAACAAGAACCUGCAACAGGAGAUCUCAGAUCUGACUGAACAGAUUGGUGAGACUGGCAAGAGCAUCCAUGAGCUGGAGAAGUCCAAGAAGCAGGUGGAGACCGAGAAGGCUGAGAUCCAGACGGCUCUUGAAGAGGCUGAGGGAACACUGGAGCACGAAGAGUCUAAGAUCCUGCGUGUCCAGCUGGAGCUCAACCAGAUUAAGGGUGAGGUGGACAGGAAGCUUGCAGAGAAAGAUGAGGAGAUGGAGCAGAUAAAGAGAAACAGCCAGAGGGUGAUUGACUCCAUGCAGAGCACUCUGGAUUCUGAGGUCAGGAGCAGAAACGAUGCCCUGAGAAUCAAGAAGAAGAUGGAGGGAGACCUGAAUGAGAUGGAGAUUCAGCUGAGCCACGCCAAUCGCCAGGCUGCUGAGUCCCAGAAGCAGCUGAGGAAUGUGCAGGCUCAGCUGAAGGAUGCUCAACUGCACCUUGAUGAUGCUGUCAGAGCACAGGAAGACUUCAAGGAACAAGCUGCUAUGGUGGAUCGCAGGAACGGUCUGAUGGUAGCUGAAAUUGAGGAACUUAGAGCUGCUCUGGAACAGACAGAGAGAAGUCGCAAGAUUGCUGAGCAGGAGCUGGUGGAUGCCAGUGAGCGUGUUGGACUUCUGCACUCUCAGAACACAAGCCUUCUGAACUCCAAGAAGAAGCUUGAGUCUGACCUGGUCCAGGUCCAGAGUGAAGUGGAUGACACUGUUCAGGAAGCAAGAAAUGCAGAGGAGAAGGCCAAGAAGGCCAUCACUGAUGCUGCUAUGAUGGCCGAGGAGCUGAAGAAGGAGCAGGAUACCAGCGCUCACCUGGAGAGGAUGAAGAAGAACCUGGAGGUUGCUGUAAAGGACCUGCAGCACCGUCUGGAUGAGGCGGAGAACCUGGCCAUGAAGGGUGGCAAGAAGCAGCUCCAGAAACUUGAGUCCAGGGUGCGUGAACUGGAGGCAGAGGUUGAGGCUGAGCAGAGACGCGGAGCAGAUGCCAUUAAGGGUGUCCGCAAAUAUGAGAGGAGGGUGAAGGAGCUCACCUAUCAGACUGAGGAGGACAAGAAAAACGGUGCCAGGCUGCAGGAUCUGGUUGACAAAUUGCAGCUGAAGGUCAAGGCCUACAAGAGGCAGGCUGAGGAGGCGGAGGAACAGGCCAACGUCCAUCUGUCCAAGUGCAGGAAGGUUCAGCAUGAGCUGGAGGAGGCUGAGGAGCGCGCUGACAUCGCAGAGUCCCAGGUCAACAAGCUGAGGGCAAAGAGCCGGGACGCUGGCAAGGGAAAAGAAGCAGCAGAGUAAAUCGCACAAGAGUCU